AUGACUGAUGAUAUAUUGUUACUCCCACUCGACAUCUUAGUUCAUAUUUUUAGAAAAUUAAAUACAUCUGAUCUUCGAAAUGUAAUGCUAACUUGCAAAACAUUAAGAGAUGUUAUUAAAAACGACAGUAGGAUAUGGAGAUCAUUCUGUCGAAAUUCAGUUGUUUUUCGAGAUCGGGAAGGGAACAGGUGGUAUAAUAUAUUAACAUGGUAUAACAGGUGCAGAAUAUCACGUAACUGGCAAAAUGGUUGCUACAAAAGUAAGGAACUAAUUCGUCAUUAUACAAAUUAUAUGCCAUGGUUGAAAUUUUACAACUCCGAAGUUAUGCUACUCACAAUAGGUUCAGAACUAGUGUGUCAUCAAACAGAUAAUAAAGGAGUACCAAUUUGUAAUAAGCGUCUAUGGAAAAUUGAUGUGCCCAAAGUAUUGCGACAAGAUGUAAGGACUAAUGAUAUAUCAAGAUUUGUUUUGAAAAACAAUCUGCUAGUCUGUGGAAAUAGGGAUGGCUGUGUUGCUGUAUAUAGACUGAAUAAUAUACUCAAGAGACCGAAGUUGGAAUGCCACAUAAAAGACUGCCAUGAUGAUGGACUGGCAGAAGUUUCAGACGUUGAAGUAAUUGAUAGUAGAGACCAAUUAUCAAUUGUGAGUGGGUCAAGUAGUAGUUCAAAUUUACUAAUAUGUACCUUGAGGACAGGAGAUGAUGCUAGACCUGUACAAAAUAGCAAUCAGAAUGUGAUGUAUAUUCCUUUACAAGACUGUAUUGGCACCAAAUGUUUAUCUCUUAAUAAAAUGGCAGACCGCCUUGCUAUUGGCCUUAAAGGAAACAGUCAACCCGUAUUGCUUGAUGUAAAUAAUGCUAAGAUGCUACUGACAGCUAAGGAUACAAUGAAUCAUAGACGAUCAGUUCGUGACAUUCAAUGGCAUGAUGAGAAUACAGUUGUAUAUGUAACUCACUCCGGAUUCCUUCAGCUAAUGGAUAUGAGGACUCAUCAAGGGGUGUAUAAAGCAAGAGAUCCAUUUCAGUCAACUUUAUAUUGUGUUAAAACGGAUGGUGAAAAUGCUAUUUUAGUUGGUUCUGCUGAAUAUUCACGAUGCGUGUUAUUCGAUGCACGCAACUCCAGAAAUCACGUGCAGAUGUACUUUACUCAACGAAACUCAUCGCCUGUGUAUAGUCUGGACUUUGAUUCAACCAAACUAAUUACUGCUGUAGACCGAGGCGUUGCAGUAUUGAACUUCAACGUCGAUUCGACAUCUCAACCGUGCAGAGACUACUCAAGUCAUGUGUUUCAGUGA